GUCCGAGUUCCCAAGCUGAUCGGGUUGGAGCAAUGCCCAACAUUGCAGUCAUCGGUGCCGGGGUCAAUGGUGUUGCCAGUGCCAUUAGGCUGCUGGAGCACUACGUGCAGGAGGCAAGGAGGCCGAUAAGGGUAACGAUUAUAUCGGAGGACUUCACGCCGAACACCACGGGAGAUGGCUCGGCGGGUCUCUGGGGUCCCUACCUUCUGGGCGGCACUUCACAGUCGAAAGUCCACAAGUGGUCGAGGAGCAUGCACCGGUUUCUGGAGCAGAUCUGGCUGAGCGAGGAUGCCGCGGAGGCGGGGGUCUGUCUACUGCCCUGCAUCCGGCUGACCACCUCAACGGUGGACACGGUUGGUGAUUUCUGGCGCGACAUUGUCUACGGCGCCGUUGAUCUGUCCAAGGACCAGCUGGCUGCCUACAACAAAGGUCGCAGCUAUAUGUUCACGUCAGGCAUAUCCUUCGUGACCUACACCUCGGAGCCAGUUAAACUCCUGCCGUACUUGAUGAAGCGAUUCAUUCGCAAUGGCGGCCUAGUUGUCCGGCAAAGGAUAACAGACUUGGAGGCUUUUAUCGCCGAUUCCGAGUACGAUGUGAUAGUCAAUUGCACCGGACUGGGCUCCAGGAGCCUACUGAAUGACGAUCAGAUGUACGCAGUGCGGGGACAAGUGUCCCGGGUGAAGGCGAGUUGGAUUUUCUCGGCCGUGCUGGACGAGAGCGAUGAUGGCAACUACAUUAUACCCAACACCGAGAGCGUUGUCCUGGGCGGAACCCAUCAGGAGCGGGACUACAACACCCAGGUCUGCCAGCAGGACAGGCGGAUGAUUGUGGAUGGCUGCCGGCGGUACAUUCCGGGUCUGGAGCACACGGAGUGCCUCCACGACUGGGUGGGUCUCCGCCCGGGUCGCACCCAACUCCGGCUGGAGGCCGAGCGACGCGGACGCAAGCUCCUCGUCCACAACUAUGGACAUGGCGGCAGUGGAGUCACUUUGUGCUGGGGCUGUGCCGACGAGGUCCUCGAUAUCCUGCUGGCCGCCCAGAGCGGCGCCAAACUUUGAGUCACUUUGCCCAGCUAGACUCAUUCGAACUCCAAUAAUACAGUGCUUGUAGAAAAUUUGCAGUGAGAAACAUCUUUGUCUACAUAGUAAGAAAUCAUUCAUAUAUAUUCAUUCUAUAUUCAAAUCUAUUUGAUAUUAUAAAUUUAUCAGAAA